AAUCAUGUGAUUUCCAGUGCGGCGUAUAAAUAAGGGCGAGGAGAAGGCGGUGGUCCGCCAUUUCGUGGACGCCGGGUGAGGGAGACCUUCUGUGGGAGUGCGGCCGGAGCGGAGCGGGACGGUCCAUCGGAGCGUGAGGACUUGAGCCUCCGCACUUAAACUUUAGAUUUCGAAAUGCAUCGUGAUUCCUGUCCAUUGGACUGUAAGGUUUACGUAGGUAAUCUUGGAAACAAUGGCAACAAGACUGAAUUGGAACGGGCUUUUGGCUAUUAUGGACCACUCCGAAGUGUGUGGGUUGCUAGAAACCCUCCCGGCUUUGCAUUUGUUGAAUUCGAAGAUCCCCGAGAUGCAGCUGAUGCUGUCCGAGAGCUAGAUGGAAGAACACUGUGUGGUUGCCGUGUAAGAGUGGAACUGUCGAAUGGUGAAAAAAGAAGUCGAAAUCGUGGCCCACCUCCCUCUUGGGGUCGUCGCCCUCGAGAUGAUUAUCGUAGGAGGAGUCCUCCACCUCGCCGCAGAUCUCCAAGAAGGAGAAGCUUCUCUCGGAGCCGGAGCAGGUCCCUUUCUAGAGAUAGGAGAAGAGAGAGAUCACUGUCUCGGGAGAGAAAUCAUAAGCCCUCCCGAUCCUUCUCUAGGUCUCGAAGCCGAUCUAGGUCAAAUGAAAGGAAAUAGAAGACCAGUUUGCAAGAGAAGUGGUGUACAGGAAAUGACUUCAUUUGACAGGAGUAUGUACAGAAAAUUCAAGUUUUGUUUGAGACUUCAUAAGCUUGGUGCAUUUUUAAGAUGUUUUAGCUGUUCAAAUUUGUUUGUCUCUUGGAACAGUGACACAAAAGCUCUAAUUCUCUAUGGUUUGAAAUGGAUCAUAUGAGGCAUGUAAUACCAAGAAUUGUUACUUUACAAUGUUCCCUUAAGCAAAACUGAAUUUGCUUUUUAGUUUUGUAUAAACUAAUAAUAAACCUCUAAAUCCUGCCCAGCUGAAGUGUGGAUUUUUUUAAAAUAUAGAAACAAAAUUGGCAAAAAUUGAACUAAGAUUUACUUUUUUUCCCACAUUUGGGAUAUAGUGUGCAGCUGUGGUUGAACAAGCAGUCUUCAGAAGCUGCUGUGAAACAAGCCAGCAGGUAAAAAUAAAAGCUGCACCGUUAUACUAAAUUAGAGGUUUUUGAAAAAUCCAACUGGUUUUCACCCCAGGCAGAGGUCGCCUAAUUGGUAUGGAAUCUGGUAAAUUCUAAGAAAGUUUUUCCUUUGCUUUAGAUCCUAAGUUAAGUUCCUUACGUGAUCGCUAUAUAUGAAUACAUAGCUGUUUGUAACGUUCUUUAUUUGGAAAUUUGAGAUAAUCGAAAUACCAAUGUCCUGCCAGUUUAAGGGUACAUUGUAGAGCUGAACUUUGAGUUACUGUGCAAGAUUUUUUUUUCCAUGCUGUCAUUUGUAAUAUGUUUUGUGAGAAUCCUUGGGAUUAAAGUUUUGGUUACAAUUGUUGUUUAACUUGAAAGCCUGUUUUUCCUUGCAAACUCAAAUCUGUGAGCUUGGUACAAAGUCCAGGUAUAACAUUCCUAUUGGAAGCCAUACUUAUAUUUUCUUGUAAAGUGCUUUUGAAUUAAUAAAAUAUUAGCAUAAUUGUGUAAUAGUCAGUUGAACCCACUGUUACCAUUGUUCUUACCCCGGGGGAAGCAGUUGGUUACACAAUUCUUAUUUUAUGAGAAAGAUAACUGAGAGACACUAUGGAUUAGUCUUCUGAAGUGACGGGAAUAUUUAGUUAUCACCUAAGUGAUAAUAAUUACCCAUUCUUUUAAGGAGUAGAAGCCAGUUUAAGGUCCAUGACAGUGACCAAUAUUUUAAAAUACAGCAGCAACCUGGUACGUUAUAACCCAGAGUUGCCCCUUUAAAAUUGGUUUUUAUCUUAAGCAUGAAAAGUUUCCACAAAGUUUUAAAACUUGCUUCCAUUUUAUAAUUUGAGGUAUUGCAUGGGAAUUCUAAACCAGUCCAUCAUGAUGUAAAGAUCACGAUAUGGUUCAAAUGUAAUAGUGCAGAAUUGAAUAUGGAAGCAUGCAUAACCUUCCUUUUAGAAAAUGGGAGGAGUUGUAAUUUCAAAUUUUUGUGCAAUUAGAUUAAAUCAUAAUGCAACAGU